AUGGAUAAGUCAUAACCUAUCAAGAGAUCUUCGAAACAAAGAGACACUGACUACCAAGAGAAACCUCAAUCCAAAAUAAUGCAGGAUACUCAACAGAGCAGUCAAUAAUACAUCAUAACAGAUGCCACUUUCGAAUUAAUCAUAAGAGAGAGAGAUGCCUUGAUAGAAAGGUUGGAAUACGACCAAAGAUAAUUGAAAUAUCAACUGGAACAAAAGAAAAUUGAAUUAUAUGAACUCUCUUAAAGAUUUACAUCCCAAAGAGGGAACCACCUCCUCAAACUCCAACAGUCAGGUGUCUAACUAAAGCAAAUUCAGCCAGAUGCAGACGCUUAUAAAUGA